AUGGGCUUCGGUGACUUUGAUUUCAUAUGCCGCAAGGCAUCCAUCCCAAUAUGCUCUUUGGUCGGUCCUCCGUCCACCGUGAGAAGCAGCGGCCGGGGCUUUCUAGCCAACUGCUAUGCCAGGAAUAUUGAAGUCGCAAAUACAAUCAUUUUUCAAGGAGCCACCGACGUUGCGCAUAUUGCUGCUUUGGCAAUGACAGUGAUCAUGGUAAUCCAUGUCCGGUCUAAAUUUACGGCUGUGGGUCGAAAGGAAAUUAUCACGUUCUUCUACCUUUACAUGGCUUUGACGAUGUUUUCACUUGUCCUUGAUUCCGGCGCUGUUCCCCCUGGAAAUGUCGUCUUCGCCUACUUUGCCGCUGUGCAAAACGGUUUAACAUCCGCCCUCUGUACUUGCUUGCUCAUCAAUGGGUUUGUGGGAUUUCAGCUCUAUGAGGAUGGGACGACGCUAUCAGUCUGGCUUCUUCGACUAGCGUCGCUGGGAAUGUUCGUUAUUUCGUUCGCCAUCUCCCUCCUAACCUUCAAGGGAUGGGCUGGUCUGUCACCGACGAGUACCGCCGGACUCUUCGUGGUCUUGUAUAUUGUGAAUGCAAUUUGCCUGGUCAUCUAUAUAGUGAUGCAAGUUAUUCUUGUCGUGAAUACUUUACAUGAUCGAUGGCCUCUGGGCCACAUCGCCUUUGGCACAUUCUUUUUCAUCAUCGGGCAGGUGGUUUUAUAUGUCUUCAGCGAAACCAUUUGUGAAAACGUUCAACACUACCUGGAUGGCCUUUUCUUUGCAGCUAUUUGUAAUCUUCUAGCAGUUAUGAUGGUGUACAAGUAUUGGGAUUCCAUCACGAAAGAAGAUCUUGAAUUCUCCGUCGGUGUCAAGCAGAAUAACUGGGAGGUCAAAGAACUUCUAGAGGAUGAGCGACGGGGUACUGUUUAUCAUGACACCAACUCUGAAUACGCAAGCAGCUUGUAUCACUAUCGAAACUCUACUUAUGGAAGUGGCCCAACAAAUUACUAA